UUUAUGAAGUAGAACAAAAAAGAAGAAAAAACAGGAAAUAAAAAAUGUUGGAACACAUAACAGCAAGUGAAGUAGCUGGUUAUGGAGUUGGUGUUCUUCUAUUAUGUGCCACCAUUUCUGCUCCUAAGAUUGAUUCAUAUAUCUCUGCUUCCCAGCGCAGCUCAUUAGGUAUGUGCAAGAGAUGUGGUGAUCUAAGGUUGAUUGCAUGCUCAAAUUGCAAAGGUUCCGGGUCACUCAGACAAGGUGGCACAUUUAGUUUUGGACCCCUUGAGGAAGUUUCUUCUGUUGGGAAGUCAAAGAUUAGUUCAUUAUCGUGCAACAAAUGUCGAUCUAGAGGGCAUUUUCCUUGCCCUGAGUGCUCUAAAGUACCAACAACUUAAUCGUCCGUGUUCUGUUUAAAUGAUCAUGUCAUUGUUGAUUACUUAAACAAAAAUGUGUCUAUAAUCUUAUAUUGAGAAAUGAGAAUCCUUAAUGUGUAAUGUAUAUCUCACUAUUACGAAUAUAAUGGUUUGAAAACAACUUGGUCCUGAUUCA